AGUCAAGCUUCUCCUCUUUACCGAAUCACUUACACCUCGCUUCACCAUUUGCUUGUCAUGUUCGUUUUUUUCUCCAUUGGAUUCCAAUUGUUGCCAAGCUUGAACGUCAUCACCCUGGACAAUGGAGUCCGCGGAUUUGGAACGGACUUAUUCCCGCGAUCAACAGCAACAGCGGCUAAACGAUGGCUUUCACGUCACAACACCAGUGGCACUUGUGAGAAGUACGACUUCCCGAAGCGUGAAGAGUGCUCGAAGUCAAGGAAGAUCGGGAAGUCAACAUACAGAAGGGUCUUGUGUCACUCGAUUGAGGGACGUCGAGAAAGAGGUGGACUCGUCGUCUGACCUGGAGACAGGAAAUGGAGAUGAUAUUGAAGAAAUGGUCUCACCACCACCCUCAAGCACAACUUCAAGAGCAGGCUCACGUUCGAAUGAAUCUAAUGCUUCUCAUGGAGAACCGACCGCCAAAAAGAUAAUCCGGUUCAAGGAUGGUGACCCUGACAAUCCAGACAACUGGCGGCAGAUUAAGAAGCUUUACGCGCUUUUCGUGGCUAUCAUGAGUGUGACGAACAGCACAAUUGGCUCAUCACUACCAGCUGGAGCCACUGGACCCAUUUCGCAGCACUUCCAUGAGACGAACGAAUACAAGCUCAUCCUGCCUACCUCCAUAUAUCUCAUCGGCUAUGUCUGUGGACCUAUGAUCUGGGGACCGCUUUCCGAGUCCUACGGUCGCAAGCCAGUGAUGAUAAUAUCUUUCGCCAUAUUCACCAUCUUCUCCAUCACCUCGGCCGUGUCACCGAAUUUCACUGCCCUCGUCAUCUUCAGACUACUCGUUGGCAUCGGAGGCAGCUGUGCGAUAAGCGUCGUUGGCGGGAUAUGCGCGGACAUCUAUCACGAUACAAAAAGUCGAGGACGGAGUAUGGCUGGUUUCAUGGCUGCGACUACGUUUGGACCGAUUCUAGGACCGCCAAUCUCCGGGUACAUCUCAGUCGCCUCAUGGGCUUGGGGCUUCUGGGUGGGAGCUAUUCUGGCUGGAGUCACAUGGCCGCUAUUCAUCUUCUUGCCUGAAACGUACGGGCCGGUGAUCCUGAAGCACCGCGCGCAGAAGUUGCGUAAGGAGACAGGCGAUGAGAGCAUCAUUGCGCCCAUCGAGCUGGAGAAGACGGACUUCAACCACAUUGUGACUGUGAUCUUGACAAGGCCUCUGCGUAUGCUUUGCUUCGAACCGCUGGUACUGUUUACCUGCUUGUACUUGAGCUAUGCAUACGCCAUCUUCUACAUCUACCUACAAUCCUACCCCAUAAUCUUCACCGGCAUCUACGCCUUCACCCCUGGCGAACAAGGCCUCACCUUCCUCCCCAUCGGCGUCGGCGCCAUGAUCUCAGCCUGCUUCUACCUGACAUGGGACUGGUAUCUGACGCGCGCGCAAAAGCUCUCCAAACCCUGGUCCCGCAACGAGGAAAUGGUUCGCUUGCCGCUGGCCUGCAUCGCGGGACCUUUCUUCGUCAUCUCGAGUUUCUGGCUCGGAUGGACGGCUAGAGAAGACGUGCAUUGGAUGGUGCCCACGUGUGCUGGUGUGCUGUUUGGAAUGGGGUAUUUGUGUCUUUUUAUGGCGCUGCUGAAUUAUCUCGUCGACGCAUACGAAGUAUUUGCUGCAAGUGCGAUGGCUGCUGCAUCGCUCUCGCGAUCGUCGUUUGGUGCCGUACUGCCGUUUGCAACGAGGCCUAUGUAUAGAGCGCUGGGCGUGGCGUGGGCGACAAGCUUGUUGGGUUUCCUGGCAGUCGCGUUGUGUGUUGUGCCCUUUGCGUUUCUGAAGUGGGGUGGUCGGAUGAGGGAGCGGUCGAAGUUCUGCCAAUAUCUUAGGAUGAAGAAGAGGGAAGAGGAAGAGGCGUUGCACAAGGAGAGGGAAGGUGCGAAAAAGCUGGAAGUCAAGGUUGGCCCGGAUGAGGUGAAGGGCAAGGAGGAGGUAUAGCUAGACUUGGGUCGCAUUGUGCAAUUCUGCCGCUUGACAUGAUGCCCUUGAGUCAGAAAUCUCCCUUUGCCUCUUGUCUAUUCUCUUCUUCACCUCACCGUCCCCCUCGCCACAAUUUCCCUCGAUCCUCGCAACCACACUCUCGCUAUCAACUCAAG